CGCGAAGUACGGCUUGCACUUUUAAAACCUCUUCAUUCGCUCUCUCAUCCUCGCUAUGGCUGCCUCGAAACCGACGUCGAUAUUGUCCAAGCAGAAGGCACCGGCUGCAUCCAAUGGAGCCCCGGCUCAGCGCAACCAGAGCACUCGGAAAGGCAAACGCGCCUGGCGGAAAAACGUCGACAUCGAGCCAGUAGAGCAUGGGCUGGAGGGGCUGCGCGCCGAGGAGCGGACAACUGGGACCAUCUUGCAAAAGAAGACGGAUGCGGACCUCUUCCAGGUCGAUGUCAAGGGAGACGACAUGAUCCGGAAGACGCUGCCCAAGUUUUCUGAGCGCGUGCUAACUUCGACGAAAAUCCUUUCCGAGCGGUCCGCCGUGCCCGCCAUAUUCUCGCGCCCCACACCGACCUCAAACGCAGAGAAGCGCAAGGCGCUGGUGUCGCAUGAGGACAAGAGCCGGCUGCUCCGGAUGGGCAAGCGGCUGCGGAAAGGCCCCUUCAACGCAUACGUUGACCCGAAUCAGGUCGGGGAGGGGAGCGCGAUGCUUGAACUGAGCGAAGCGGCGAAGAAGGCAGGGGAGUACAAUGUCUGGGAGGAAGAGGUCGCUGAGACCAUCGAAGUCAGGGCUCCGCAGACGAGUAACCCACGCUCACACAUCGCGCUAGCGGCGGUACCCUCGCCUCACGAGGGCACGUCGUAUAACCCGCCGCUCACGGCCCACCAGCAGCUUUUGAGGGCGGCGCACGAGAAGGAGGAGCAGAGGAUCAAGAGUUUGGAGCAUGUAGAGGCGCUCAAGGAUAAGCUGCUUAAGGCCCGGGCUCUGGCCCUCAUAGAGUCGGUGGCAGCGAACGAGAUGGUCCCUGGCAUGAAGAUAGGCAACGCGGAGGAGGCAGAGGGCGAUGAGGACGAGGGAGCGGAGGGUGAUGAGCCGCUACCUCCCAAGAAAAUGCCCGCCAGGAAGACGAAGCAGCAGAGGCGGAAAGCCGAACGGCUGCGUGCAGAGAAACGAGCAUUGGCAGAGAAGGCGGCGCGGAAGCGCAUGCUCGCGACGGUCGACUCCGCGAAACUCCUCCGUAAAUCGAUCGCGCGCAAUCUCGCAACGCGGGAGAGACUCCGUAUCCAAAGACAGGCGGCGCUAGAGGAAAAGCGCAAGCAGGGCUUGGCGGGUCAGCGGAUCGGUAGGCACUUCGUCCCAGAAGGAGCGAUCGAUGUGCAACUCGGCGACGAGCUUAGCGAAAGUCUGCGCGGCUUGAAGCCCGAGGGGAAUCUGUUCAGGGACCGCUUCAUCAACAUGCAGCACCGUGCCCUCAUUGAACCGCACGCGCCAAAUCCGGCGAAGAAGCCUACGCGCAAAACAAAAGAGUACGAGAAGCACUCGUACAAGCGGUUCGACCGGGACUUCUAAGCGCGCUGCACGUCACUGUGUGGUCGAGCUCGAGCUAUACUGCAUUUUAUGCUCAUCGCUAUUUCAUCUCUCGAGGGCAAUUCGGGUGCCCGCUUGUACCUCAAUGUACUGCAAUCUAUGAUUGCGGGUCACACUCAAUGGUCGUGCUCAUAGUACCUCUGUGCC